AUGUACCAAAGUGCUUGUAGUGCAGCGGCCGGCGGAUGUUCCGAACCGGAGCGUCACGAUCGGGACGGGUUGAUAACGCACGAAACGGCAGUAGCUCCGGUCGAGCACGAUUACAGCGGCUUCGAUAUCGUGAAGGCAACACAGUACGGUGCGAUAGCACGCGUCAAGGAACUGAUCGAGGCGGGCUGGGAUGUGAACCAGCCGGACAGUGAAACCGUAACGCUGCUGCAUUGGGCCGCAAUUAACAAUCGUAAAGAUAUCAUCAAAUAUUUCCUCGACAAGGGUGCGAUAGUGGAUGCGGUCGGGGGCGAGCUAAGCGCUACACCGUUGCAUUGGGCCACAAGACAGGGUCAUCUGGGGGCGGUGGUACUGUUACUGGCGGCUGGCGCUGAUCCGAGUCUACGGGAUGCGGAAGGCUGCUCGUGCAUACAUCUGGCCGCCCAGUUCGGACACACGGCACUGGUGGCGUACUUUAUAGCGCGGGGUGUGAAUCCCGAUUUGCAGGAUCGUGGUGGUAUGACGGCACUGAUGUGGGCCGCGUGGAAGAUAUCCGCUCUCGAUCCGGUCCGAUUGCUACUGACGCUUGGCGCUAAUCCGAGUCUGGCGGACCAUACGCAUGGCAAUACGGCACUGCACUGGGCCAUCCUGGCGCGUAACGUAACCGCCAUCAGUACGCUGGUGUUGAAGGGUAAGGCAAACAUGGAGGUGCCGAAUCUGCGCGGUGACACACCACUCACGAUGCUACAACCGCACCUCGGCUCGAUCUGGAUUGGCACGAAGGUGUCCGAUCGGAUCCGGGAGCUGACGCAGCAAUCACACCGCCGUAACCCGCUCGUACGGUUGACGCUCGACAAGCGGUUCCGCUGGUGGAGCAUGAUAGCGACACCGUUUCUGGUGUUUUAUCUGGUCGGGCUGGUGUUUUGUGCCGAUACGCAGAUCAUCAUUAAGAUUUUCCUGCUCGCCUGUCUGUACAGUGUGUCCUACACGAUGGGGCAGCAUCUGUUCGACGAGAAUCUAAUGGCACUGUUGCCGCUCAGCGUGUAUAUGGCCACCAAGCUGUGGUUUUACGUUACCUGGCUGACAUAUAUCGCACCAACCGUAUCGUUCCUCGCAUCGAUGGCGUUCCUUGCUUGCAGUGCCGGGUUGUGGGUUUGUUUCCUGAAGUCUUGGCGUGGUAAUCCGGGCGUAAUUCAGCCAACACAAGAGCAACGGUUUAGGACCAUCAUUGAACUUUCGGAGCGUGGAGCAAGUGGCUUUGAACCGUCGGCUUUCUGUUCCGCCUGUCUGGUCCGUCGACCGGUACGUUCGAAGCACUGUUCGGUGUGUGAUCGAUGCGUGGCCCGGUUCGAUCAUCAUUGUCCUUGGGUGGGCAAUUGUAUCGGUGCUAAAAAUCACAAAUACUUUAUGGGAUUCUUGUGGAUGCUUCUGAUCAUGUGUGGCUGGAUGCUUUACGGAGGGUCUAAUUUCUACGUGCAAACGUGCUCUAUCAACAUGGAUGAUGGUUUAUGGUCAGCACUUCAGGCGAUUGGUUCCUGCAAUCCUUGGGUCGGCUGGGUGAUGGGAAAUGCGCUGCUUCACAUGUCCUGGGUUACGGUGUUAACCAUCUGCCAGAGCUACCAGGUUGUCUGUCUCGGUAUGACGACCAACGAGCGCCUAAACCGUGGCCGUUAUCGUCACUUCCAGGCCAAGGGUGGUAAGAGCCCGUUCAACCGUGGUCCACUGAAAAAUCUGUUCGAUUUCCUCGAGUGCAGCUGUUUUGGGCUAGUGCAACCGCAACAUACGGAUUGGAUGCAAUUUUUUGAGUUCGAUAAGCACGUCGAACACGAACCACUGUUGCGACCCGAUAACUUUCAGUACGUCUGAGUUCAGCUUAGCAGCAGCAGCAGCAGGGCAGCCGUUGAUUCCGCCGACCGGCAACCGGAACUACCGGAAGCGUCCACCGAAUCCGGAACGCGAGCUGGCAACGUUGCUGAGGAACGAAACCAUCAGCACGAUGCUGAAGUGUGGCCGAAAAUCGAAACUGUUUUAGUGGCAUCG